UCUCUGUUCCCAGUGUCACUGAGUAGAACUACUUGCUGUGCAGUUGUUGAUGUUAUUGAGGUAAUAUUAAGCCUACUGCAUCUUGCCAGCGUGGACACUGCAGUUGUUGUUUACUGUAAGCUGUCUCAACACAGUAGGCCAAGACAGAGCCUGUCUGAGCUACUUGGAAUUUCACAAUUUUGGUCUGACCCCGAGAGGACGACAUGGACUUUCUCAAGUGGCCUCUGUUUUUUGUGUGCCUUUGCUCUAAGGGUUCUGAAACUGAAGGCUCAUCUUGGACAAUUAAGGUGCCGUCUUCAGUAAAAGGUCUCCCUGGAUCCUGUUUGGUGAUCCCUUGCUCGUUCAACUACCCAGAUCCAGGCAGGGUGGUCACUGAAUUCACUGGGAUGUGGGCCGAGGGGGAACAUGAGCUCAUCUAUCACCCAGACAAGUUAACAGUGAAGCAGUAUCAGAGUCGGACAGAGCUGCUGGGAGACAUCAGUCUGAAGAACUGUUCAUUUAAGAUUGAUCCCCUUCGACAAAGUGACCAAGGGCCGUUUUAUUUCAGGAUCGAAAUGGCAGGCUAUGAAAAGUUUUCUUACAAAGAGAACAGAGUCUCCAUUACAAUGAGUGUACCAAAUCCCAUCCAGUUCUCUGUGAAAGAGGAGGUAGUGGAAGGUGAUAAGGUGUCUGCAUCCUGCUCAGUGUCUCACUCCUGCCCCACCUCUCCUCCUGUCUUCACCUGGAGUCACAAAGGACACACACAUGUCCAACCACAGCAGCUUGACGAUGGCCAGUGGAGAGCGACAUCUACCAUAAACUUUCAAGCUACCAGCGCUGAUCACAACAAGCCUUUAAAGUGUACUGUAACAUACCAUGGAGGGCAGCACCAAACAACAUCCAGAGACCUCAAAGUAAAAUGUAAGUGUAUAUGGCAGUGUGGCUUUAAACACUGUAACUUAGUAAGUACGUGAUACUAUUAUUAUACA